UCGGAGCGCGCAGGCGCGGAGCGGAGGCUGGUGCCGGGACCAUGAGCGGCAGCGCCGAUCCCGACCCCGCGCCCGCGGCCCCGGCCGCCCCUCCGGGCCCCGCCGAGGGCAGCAAGCCCAGCCCGGCCGCCGUGGGCAGCGCCGGGCCCGGGGCGGCGCCGGCUGCGGGGGGCGGCGCGGCGCGGGCCACCGAGGGCUGUGUUGCCGGCGGGAGGGGGCCCGUGCCGGUGUCCGCGGCCGUGGCCGCCCCUCCAGACGGGGCCAUGUCCAACGGCGUGUACGUGCCGCCCGCGGCCAACGGCGACGUGAAGCCCGUGGUGUCCACCACGCCGCUCGUGGACUUCCUCAUGCAGCUGGAGGACUACACGCCCACGAUCCCGGACGCCGUCACAGGGUAUUACCUGAACCGGGCAGGGUUUGAGGCCUCGGACCCCCGCAUAAUCCGCCUGAUCUCGCUGGCGGCACAGAAGUUCAUCUCAGACAUCGCCAACGACGCGCUGCAGCACUGCAAAAUGAAGGGCACGGCCUCGGGCAGCUCCCGCAGCAAGAGCAAGGACAAGAAGUACACACUGACCAUGGAGGACCUGACACCAGCGCUGGCCGAGUACGGCAUCAACGUGAAGAAGCCACACUACUUCACGUAGAGCACGGGGAGCUUGGGCAGUGUGCAGGGGUCGUGUUGGUGCCAUUAAAAACCUUGCAGGGUUUUGUGGGAA